AGUUUUUAAUUUAAUUUUUUUUUAAGAAAUUCCAAGAAAAUUUGUUUUAUUUUUUUUUACAAAAGAAAAAAGAGAUUCCUAAAAAAAUUAUUAAUUUUUUUUUACAAAACAAAAAAAUGUCUGAGUAUAUAAAACUCGAAGUGAAAAAUGAGAAAAAUAACAGUUAUUCCGCAAAACCACAAAAUAAUACUGCAAAACACGAUAUACUUUUGGAAAAACGUGACAAUUUCAAAAACGAACAUGUGCGUUUCAAGAAUAACAUACACACAGUUAUAGUGCCAACACAUCACUCGCAUAGCCGAACUCUACCCAAAACUCUGCCAAAAAAUGGUGUCAAACAUUACAAUGAAAAUCUCGCCAAAAGUGAUCCCAAACAUAUUUCAAAAAUCCUAACCGUAAACGACACAAAUAAUGAUUUCAUCAUACAAAUUAAAAACGACACAAAACCAAGAAGAAAAUCAGACACAAAAACGACAGCACACACACAUUCAACGCUUUCGAAGGCCGAAUCGAAGACCUCACUGCGAAGCGAUCACCGUGUUUUAAUUAAAACCGAUUCGAAAUCGACAUUACGCAGCGGUGAAUCCAAAAAUGAUUUGAAAUCACUUUCGGGCACUUUGCCGCGCCACGCAUCGAACAGUACACUAAAAAGUAACAGUUUAGGAAAACCGCUGCAUAAGUCAGACUCCAAGGCGACACUGAAGAGUGAGGCGAUCUCAAUCACAGAUGUUUCAAGCGCCAGCAGCACGCAUGCGAAGAAAAGUCUGGAAUCGAUGACCGAUGAGGAGAUCAUUGAAGAGAAUUUGAAGGAGUUACUCGAAAACAAAAAUCGAGAAGAGCGAAAAGCAAAUGGACGUCUCAUAGCAGCCAUCGUUGCCUUUCUGGUUAUAUUUGUGGGACUCUAUAAUAUGUGGCUAAAGAAAGCCAAUGGCCUGGCGGGCAUUCUGGUGCCGGUGAUAAUUAUGGUGUCCUAUGGCGGUUGGGUGGUAUUGCUCGCCAAACGCGAUAAGCAGCGUCAAGUAUUGUAUGACAAACACGUGGAAGAAGUGAUGGAGCGCAACAAAAUCGAAUUGGCCGAGAAGGCAAGAUUGCUGCGCAAGAAAAAGGCGGAGGAGGCAAAACGUAAGGAAAAAGAGAAAGCUGCCAAGCUGAAUCGUUUGGGUCAUCGUCCCAGUUUCCGAGAGAAACUAUUCGGUACGCGUACGCCGGCCUUGCAGCCCUCGGCCAAUCUGCUGACCAUCGCCGUCACUGCAGCGGCGCCAUCACAAAUUGUUGUCGAGUCGCCGAAGAAGAAGCGGCUGCAGCGUAUGGAUGCAUUGGUGUUGCCGCACCCGCCGAUGCGCACGGGCUCAGCGCCGUAGUGAACGACUAUGAAAACAUAACGGUACUAAAGUUGCAGCACACAUAAGCGCAAGUGCGAACACAGACACACAACCCAACACGCUACGUAUGUACAGCGAAAAGAAGAAAGAAACUUUACACAAACAGGAAACGUGCGCAACGUUUGUACGACCGGAAAUGAGGGUAUUUAAAGCAUUUUCGGUAUGUUUCAGAAAUAGUGUGUUUACGUUUCGUUGUGCCGUCAUAGUAUAAUAGUAUAUAUGUAUGUAUCCUUUUCAUAAAUUACUUCAUAAUUAUCGCUUUUUAUUUUGAUAAACACAAGAACUUUGUAUAUAAAUAAAAACUUAACUAAACAUAUAAACAUAUUAUAUAAAUAUAUAAAUCUCUAAACGCGCAGCGCGUGCUCGCUUCUGCGUAAACAGCUCAAUUACUUUGAACUUUAUCGAAAUCCGUCCUUUUUAUGACUCUUCUCAUGGCUGUCUUUCGCUUGCAACUACACACACACACACACAUGCGUAUAAUUUCUAGUCAUUACACUCGUAUGCUACUUUUCUACACACACAUGUAGUUUUUAAAAAUACAUUUUACUCUUAUUUUAGUUGUAAUGAUAAUUUAGUAAUUCUAUUUAAGACUACAAACAAACUUUAUAAUAAACAAAAUG